CCCGCCCCUGGACUCUGCACUAGAUUUCCGGAGCGGGAUAUCAGGCGCUGGGGUCCGCCGGCUGGUGGCUUCUCCGAGUCCCGGCGGCUAGACGAAGUCUUCACUUCAGUUCCCGGAGGAGCCGAAGCGUCUUUUUUGGACCUAGGUGGGGAAAGAAGAGCUGGCUGUGACCUUUGCCUUGUCCUGUAGGCUCCAGCCUUGGGCUAAAUGGCAGCACCCCCGCUGGGCCGUCUGGUGCUGACCCACGUGCUGGUAGCCCUCUUUGGCAUGGGCUCAUGGGCUGCCAUCAACGGGAUCUGGGUGGAGCUGCCUGUGGUGGUGAAAGACCUCCCCGAGGGUUGGAGUCUCCCUUCCUACCUCUCUGUGCUUGUGGCGCUGGGGAACUUGAGUCUCCUGGUGGUGACCCUGUGGAGGCGGCUGGCCCCGGGCAGGGGCGAGAGGGCCCCCAUCCAAGUGGUGCAGGCGCUGAGCGUGGUGGGCACGGCCCUGCUGGCCCCUCUGUGGCCCCACGUGGCAGCAGUGGCGGGGCAGGAGCACUCCGUGGCCUUCCUGGCUCUCUCCUUUGUGCUGGCGCUGGCCUGUUGUGCUUCGAAUGUCACUUUCCUGCCCUUCCUGAGCCGCUUGCCGCCUUCCUUCUUGCGGUCCUUCUUCCUGGGUCAGGGCCUCAGUGCCCUGCUGCCCUGUGUGCUGGCCCUAGUGCAGGGUGUGGGUCGCCUCGAGUGCCCACCGACCCCCACCAAUGGCACUCCUGGGCUCCCCAUUGACUUCCCAGAGCGUUUUCCUGUCAGCACUUUUUUUGGGGUCUUGUCCGCCUUAUUAGUCGUUUCAGCUGCCGCCUUUCAGGGUCUCCUGGUGCUGUUGCCGUCACCACCGUCUGUACCCACGAGAGGCCCAGAGCCUGGCCUGAAGGUGGGAGCCCCAGGAGUAGAGGAAGAGGAAGAGGCCUCACCCCUGCAGGAGUCUCCCAGCAAGGCGGCAGGCACCACCCGCAGCCCAGAACCUGCGGCCCAUUGGCUGCUUUCCACCCGUGGUGUCGGCCUGCUGGGCCUGCUGGCCGUCACCAACGCUCUGACCAAUGGCGUGUUGCCUGCUGUGCAGAGCUAUUCCUGCUUGCCCUAUGGGCGCCCAGCCUACCACUUGGCUGUGGUGCUGGGCAGUGCCGCCAACCCCCUCGCCUGCUUCCUGGCCAUGGGUGUUCUAUGCAGGUCCCUGGCAGGACUGGGCAGUCUCUCCCUGCUGGGCAUGCUCUUCGGGGCCUACGUGAUGGCGCUAGCAAUCCUGAGCCCCUGCCCUCCUCUGGUGGGCACCUCUGCAGGGGUGGUCCUUGUGGUGGUGUCGUGGGUUCUGUGUCUCGGCGUGUUCUCAUACGUGAAGGUGGCUUCCAGCUCCCUGCUGCACAGGGGGGGCCAGCAGUCGUUGCUGGCAGCUGGCGUGGCCAUCCAGCUGCAGGAGUUGUGAAAUCCUCUUUCGUCUCCUCUCUGAAGCCUUUAGGACUGUUCAGACUUUGCAGGCACAGCACUGGUUAAUCCUUCCUUGCCUGGGGGAGAGCCGGUCAUUUCCUUGGAGACUCUCCCUGUCGUACUCGCCAUGACCCCUCCGUCUCCCAGGCCCCCACCUCCAGCUCCUGAGCAGGGUGCUUCCCUGACCCACUUGCAACCUGCGUAGAAGAGUCUCCAGGACGUCUGACCCUCUCAGAACACCUCAAGCCAGGUCAGUGGGGGAAGAAGGCAGGACCUUCCUCAGGUGGGAGGAAGUUACUGUCUGCGUAACUGUAUGAGCUAAAUGAAAGGCAAGUGGCAAACCAGCCUGGAAAUUUCCCUCAUUUUGCAAGAGAGGCAGGAAAGCCAAGCUCUUUAGAAAGCAGAUUGCA